AUCGAUGUAUCGUUUGCAUCCCUAAUGUUGUUUGAAAAUUGAAAGCAACAGAGUUUUGAAAAUGUUUGGAACUUGGAUAUGUUGUGUAUAGCUGAAAUGGCAUUGCCACCAACAAAGCCACCUCGGGGUGUAAAAUCACCCCGAGAAACGAGCGGGCUGCUUAUGUCAGUGAUCCGCACUUUGUCAGCAAGCGAAUCAAAUGAACAGAGGGACAGAGAGAAAGCGAAACUAGAGAAAGAGUACAAGAGAAGUGAUCAGAAGCUAGAUGAACUGGUGUUGCUUCAUGAUCAAGACCUUACCCAAGUGAUGCAGUUGUUCGGGAAGCUGUCGUCGCGGGUGACAGCCUCGCGGGAGAAGAUCCACGCGGUGAAGGAGAACCUGCAUGCGUGCAAGAUGCUGCUGCGCUGCAAGCGGGACGAGCUGAAGAAGCUGUGGCUGGAGGGUGUCGAGCACAAGCACGUGCUGCAGCUCCUGGAGGAGAUCGACCACUUGCGAGAGGUGCCCGGCCAGCUGGAGGUCUACCUGGCCAGGAAGCACUACCUGCACGCCACACAGCUGCUGGUGUCAGCGCUCACGCUCGGUGAUGGCAGCCUGGAGGGGGUGGACGCCCUCCGGGAAGUCCGCUCCGAUCUGCAGGCCAAGAAGCAGCAACUGCACGUCAAGCUGAUGGAGGAGCUGACUUGCCACCUGUAUGUGCGGUCGACCCAGGAGGUGCUAGCCCUGCAGCGGCAGGGCUCCGGCCGAGACAACCUGCUCACCUCCCCCUUCCAGCGCGCCACCGAGCUGCGUGGCUCGUCCCGCACCCCCAAGGCCAGGCGAGCCCUGCUCGACGUCUCCAGCUCCGCCUCCCCCAGACCUGGCAUGAACAGCUUGGGAAGUGACCAAAUGGAUAGCAUUCAGGAGGAUGUAGAUGCCGUGGAUCCUGAAGCCAGUUCAGAGCACUUCAUGGCCAUCUUGGUGGAAUGUCUGGCUUUGCUGAACAAGAUUCCAGAUGCUGUGGAGAUGCUGAAGGUGGAGAUGCAGACGGAGCUGCUGGCGAUCAUUGCGCGCACCACACAGCAGAUCCUCGACUCCUCGGCCAUGCCGCCCCAGCCACAUGGCCAGGCGGCCUCCAAGCCCGUCCUUCCGGAGCUCAUGCACGUCAUCUUCAGCCAGUUCCGGCAGGUGGCCGCAGCGCACCAGUCCGUCCUGCGCAGCUUGGCCCAGGCCGCCGACAAGUACCGUGUCGACGUGCGACUCUACGAGAUGCCCGACGUCUGGUCCAAGAUGCAAGCUGUUCUGCAGCUAUUGCUGACGGACUACCUAGACAUCCAGAACAUGGCGGGAGAGUCCCAGCAGACCCCUGCAUCCUUCUCGGAGCCAACAAGUGACAUAUCCAUGUUCUUCGUGAGAAGGAAGAUCCAGCGUCAGAAGAAGACUCCUCUUUUCCGGUUCGACUACUCAUCUCACGCUCUCAGCAUCAACAACUACCUCAAAGAGCAGCAGAAGGAUGCCGCCAAGUAUAAAAAGGAGCCGGAGAGUGCUGUUCGGCCGCAGCGACAGAAGCUCCUGGUGUGUCAGCCGGACCCGCGCAACAUCAUGCUCGUCUUCAUCCCGCUGAUGGAGUUUGUGGGGGAAAUUGAGAGGGCGACGGGGUGUGCGCCCGCCACCCCGUGCACGCUCAGUGCGUUCGUGGCCGACUACGUGAAGGAGGUGUUCCUGGGGCGCCACCACGCGCUGGUGGCAGCGAGCAUCGAGGCUGCGACCAAGUCGGCGGAUGCCUGGCGAGCCACCACCGGUCCUGAGGUCAUGAGGGACCUCGGCGUCACUCGCCCGUUGCUCCAGAGCACCGUGAAGGUGGAGAGCUGCAUCCAGGACCUGCGGCAGCUGAUGCAAGCCCUGCCCGCGUAUGCCGAGCACUUCCUCUCCAUCAUCUGCAGCAUAUUGCGCAACUACCGCGAGACCUGCCAGGCAGCCUACCGCGGCAUCGUCCAGCCCGACUCCGAGGACAAGCGCGUCUGCAGCGCCGCCUGGCUCAAGGACGAGGACAUCAGUCGCUUCAUCAAGUCGCUGCCCAACUGGGCGGACCUGCAGGCCCACAAGGCGGCGGCUCACCGCCGGCGGUGGCCACUGCGGCGGGAGGAGACCACGGAGGAGGAGAGCCCCGAGGACGUGCGGCAGCGCAACAUCAAGGAGGCGGAGAUUCUGGCCAGCAACCUGGGCGAGGGGGGCGUCAACGCACAUGAGAUCCUAUCUGAUGUGUGUCAGCUCAAGGGUCUGGCGCAGUUGCAGGAGAGCAUGGAAUGGUUCUCGAUGUCGUUACUGAAGUUUGCAAUGGAGCUGCCUGGAGCGGGCAGCUCGGCCUCCCCUGGUCCCAACGUGGUGGUGACCCCGGAGAGUGUCCCGCUGAUGCCAGAGUCCGCUGUGGACGGCCUCUUCCAGCUGGCUCAGGAGUUUGAGGAGCUGGCCAACACAUGUCUGCUGGUCUUGCAUCUGGAGGUGCGAGUGCAGUGCUUCCACUACCUGCUGCCGCGGCCCGACUCGUACAAUAGGUUCGUGGGUGGAGGCGGCCUCAGCUCUCAGGAGCCGGACCCCCGCGUGCUGGAGUUGAGCCGUGUGCUCGUGGUCAUCGACGAGGCCAUGAACUCCAGCCUGCAGGUCCGCAAGUCCAAGUACAUCUUUGAGGGACUGGGCCACCUGAUAGCCAAGAUCCUGAUCACCUCGGCCCAGUUCAUGGAUCGCAUAGACGAAGCAGGGAUCCAAAAGAUGUGCCGCAAUGUGUUUGCUCUGCAGCAAACCCUCACCAACAUCACUAUGUCCCGGGAGGUGGCGCUGGACUAUGCCCGCCACUAUUACGAGCUCUUCUUCCUGACACCGGAGGAGAUACUAAGCGCAGUCAUGGAGAAGGGCCCGGAGUUCUCUGAGCUGGAGUACAUGAAUGCCUUCCAGCUGCUCCACCGCAGCCAGCCGGAGCCCGACCCUGCUGCCGUCAACGCACACCUCGGCCGGCUGUCGGACAUCCUGGGCGAGGUUGGGGUCACCGUGUGACAACUGUCACGUGGUGGUCACAGCUGGUGCGAUUUUGAGGGUUUAAAGUCUCCCAUCACUUUGCAUGUGCCAAUUUCAGUGCAGUAAAGGUUAUAAUAUUAAUAAUACGUAGGAGCAUGCAUUUUCUGCAAAAAGAUUCAAAGUAAUUCAUUUCGGAAGCAAACACCAUCUGAGUGGUUCGAUCAAAUAAGGCAACAACAGUUUCUCUCACAGAUGGCUGCCAGUUUCAAGGAAAAACCUGCAUGUGCCAGUGUACCAUUUUGCAGUCUAGUAGUGAAUACCUGCCCUCUAUUGAUAUGCAUUUGUUACUAAUGCAUUGAAACCAUGUACUGCAUCAAAUUAUUGCUUCAUAUUUAAUAACUUUAAUAAAAAUUUGUGUCUGUUGGAGAACCAUUUGUAAACAAAGGCAUGUGAUAUUGCUUACAUUAGCUGUAUUUGACAGUUCUGCUGUCAGAUUAGGAGCCAAUGUUGGAUCUGUGAGCAGAAGACAAAACUCACUAUACACUCAUCUUUAGUUCAUGGUUCAACCCUAGCCUGUGUCAAGAGCUACUGUGUGAUGCUACAUCAUAGCAAAAGAAGCCUUGGGCUUUGAGUUGAGAGCUUUAUUGCUGUUAUCUCAUCUUAGUGAUUACUGCUAACAACAUAAGUUUCAUUAUAAAUUUGUGGCAUAAUGUGUGCAGCUUUUUGGCUAGCUUGAUUUACUUAGAUACUCAUUUUGAGCAACACUUUAGAUAUAUAGUGUGCAAUAUGGAAAAAUUGUUUUUGUUUAAAUGUAUAUGAUGUGCUUUAAGCCAAAUGAAAGAUUGUUAGAAAGAUUAAAUCUUAUUUAUUGCAUACAUAUAAUAUGCUCUUUAGAAAGAGUUACAAUGGAAAGUUAUUCAGUGUAUAUUAUAUAUUGUAAAAUAUAAAGCCUGUAUUAUUAUAAAUAUUAUAAUCAGUUAACUGUGAUGAUUAUGUACCUCUGAUAAUUGUUCUUAAUGUUAAUUGCAUGAAUAAAAUCAAAUUUUGUAA